GCCAACUGGCAGUUUUAUUUAACAGAGGUUUAUUUUUAUUGAUUUUUUACUGUUACUAUGUCAAAGCCUCUUAAAAGUUCCCAUAGCGGGGGUGCUGCUCUAAAGGAAUCUCUGAAGCAGCAAGGUAAGUACCAAAUUGCUGCAAGGAAUAGUUCCAGCCGGCAGCCGUGGAAAGAGUUUGGAUGCUCAAACUGGGGAAUGGCGGUCAACGUGUACUCUACCUCUAUAACCCAAGAGACUAUGAGCAGACAUGACAUCAUCGCAUGGGUUAAUGAUAUAUUAGCUUUAAACUACACAAAAGUGGAGCAGCUCUGUUCAGGAGCAGCUUACUGCCAGUUCAUGGACAUGUUGUUCCCAGGGUGCAUUAGCUUGAAGAAAGUAAAGUUUCAGGCAAAGUUGGAGCAUGAAUACAUUCACAACUUCAAACUCCUGCAGGCAUCAUUUAAAAGAAUGAAUGUGGAUAAGGUAAUACCCGUGGAAAAACUGGUCAAAGGGCGCUUCCAAGACAACUUAGAUUUCAUUCAGUGGUUCAAAAAGUUCUUUGAUGCUAACUAUGAUGGCAAGGAGUAUGAUCCUGUGGAAGCUCGACAAGGCCAAGAUGCAAUUCCUCCUCCAGAUCCUGGAGAACAGAUCUUCAACCUGCCCAAAAAGUCUCACCAUGCAAACUCUCCUACUGCAGGUGCUGCUAAAUCCAGUCCAGCUUCUAAACCAGGAUCAACACCUUCUCGCCCAUCUUCAGCAAAAAAAGCUGCACCAAGCAGCUCAGCAUCUAAAUCAGAUAAAGAUUUGGAAACCCAAGUCAUACAGCUCAGUGAACAGGUACAUUCAUUAAAGAUUGCACUCGAAGGCGUGGAGAAGGAAAGGGAUUUCUACUUCGGCAAACUAAGGGAGAUUGAGCUGCUCUGCCAGGAACACGGGGGAGAGAAUAACGACCUUGUCAAUCGGCUAAUGGAAGUCCUUUAUGCUUCAGAUGAUCAUGAGAGCCACACGGAAGAGCAAGAAGGUGAAGAGCAAGUCCACGACCAGGCGCAGCAGCAGGAGGAGUACUGACUUGGCCAGCGGCUCUGACAGUUUUCGUUGUGUGUGAGAACUUUCCUCUGGAGAAUGGGAGAUGUGGGGCCUCAAACUUGACAUCAGUUCACUCCCAGCCUGCCAUUGCCAUUUCUGUUCCAUAGUGAGUGCCAGCCAGCCACUGCAUUCUGUACCCAUACCUUGCCAAGAUGCAUUUGCAGACGUCUUCUGUCAGUGUAUCUUCCCAAGAGGUCUGUAGGGCUACAGCACCUACUGUACAUCACAGCAACUUCACCACUUGGCUGCUUGAGAUUUGUUCUGCUCUUUAAAACAACAAAACCCAAACAAAACCCCCCCAAAAAAAAAAACAACAACAAAAAAAAGAUAUUUAUUUUAUUUUUCCUUUUUUGUCUGAAGUAUGAUACACCUGUAACUUGUUCUAACAUAUUUAUAUUGGCAUUUUGUGUGGCAAGAAGUACCCUACCACUAGCUGUCUCUCUCACUUUGUGGUGCUUUUGCUUUUUUUUUUCCCUAGUACAUCUGCCCUGGGGUGUAAAUUUGGUGGCACAAUUGGAAUAAAGGGAUACAGUGGAAGUCAUACUCAAGCCAUAAGCAUGAGGUGUCUUGUGGAGGACAGUGCUCAUGUUGCUCGUGCUUAUUCUUUUCCUGCCUUCACAAAAUGGGAGGCAGAGCAUCUGUUUCACAAGGAGAUGUUUACAUCCCUGUGUUAGCUUGUUAGAAAGCUGCAUGGUAUGUUUUUUUGGCUUGUUUCUGGAGGAACAGACAUCCACUUAAGUUUUCUGAAAGCCCUCCCGGUUUCCUGACUAGUCAGUAGAUAUUUCCCAGCUUUUCUUCUUUCCUGAGGAACAGUCCCAGCCUCCAGCUGCAGCUCUGCCUCCACACAGCUCAGUGCUGAUAGAGAGGUCUCCUUCACACAAGUGUAGCUGCAGGACAUGAUCUCUGCUGUCAUGCUUGGCUUCCCACCCCUCAGAAAAGGACAAAGUAGGCCAACUCUUACCACUCUUCCCUCCCCUCUGCUGCUCUGGCCAUAUGAGUAUGGAAGGAAGACAGAAAAUAUCCUCACUAGUUCAGGGUGUGGGGAGAAAACCAGUACCAGCCCUGAAACCCUCCUGAACUCCUUUUGAGUGGGGGGUGGGCACCUCACUGGUGUUGAGGCUGCUUGUAAGGCACAGAGAGGCAGUGAGGAGUCCUUCUGAGGAGAGCACACAUCAGAGGGGGCACCAGCUGAGCAAGGGGCAGGUCUGUGUUGGCUGACUCCGGUGAGGCCAGCACGGUGGAGAACCAGGUCUGCCCUGCAGAUGUCUGCAGUGAGAGCUCUCCUUCCAGUGCGCUCCAUCGCCCUGUUCUACGUGAUGGUAUUUCUUGAAAGGAGGUGAGGUACAAGAAACGUUCCUUAGCCUUCUCCUGAGACUUUGCAUUGUACUCUCUGAAUGUUUAAUGCUUGCUAUUCUCGGUCUCCCACCUGACCGUCUUCAUUCUGGGUUGUUACCCUGAUUUAGCAGGUGCAUGGAAGUCCCAUCUCAGUCGGCAGGCGCUGAAAAACUCCAAGCCUAUUGAACAAUUAAAUGACUUUAGACCUUCCCAGGCUCCUCAAGCGUAAGUUGCCAGCUUUACCUUCCACAGAAAGGUUUGCAGUUCAUCACACACACAUAUGCAGUUGUUCUCUUCCUUAAUCAGUCUUCUGCAGCUAAGUGGCUCUUGGUUAAAUGCGAGAUCCCUGCUGUCGCGUUGCACCACAGACAAUGUGUAAAAUACUGUUAAGCACUAGAACAGCUAUUUCCAGUUCUUUGGUUGCCCCUCUUGCUCAGCAGAAGUUUCUGGAUCCUGUGGGCUGAAGGUUUCCCAGCCCUGCCUCCAGCACUGACCUCUCGUCCUACCCUGUGACGCCAGCAGGCCAGCGCUUCCCUUUCCCGGUUUGAUUGGUUACAAGUAAAGUCUGGUUGAUAAAACUGUGUAUAGCCCAAAAGGAUUUCCCAGAGCCACCACAAAUGGGGGAAUUGUCAUUUCCAUUGUAUUUGUGUUAUUAGAACAUCUGUACUUACUACAGUUGUCAUUGUAAUAAAUGGUAGUUCUUCAUAAUACUGUUGAAGAGCAGUUACUAAUUUUUUUUCCAGACUCCAAGAUGUCCUUUAACCUCUAUGGGAUUCCUGAUGGGGCAAGGAGUUUGGGAUCAGGAUUAAGCUUAAUUUUCAUCAGCACCAGUUUCUGCUUACUGAAUUCAUCCUUCUGCUAAUACCUGAGCACGGAGAGCACUUCAAGAGAAAAUGUCAUUCUGAAGGUGCAAAUGGUUGGGUUGCUGAACUCCUCGGGGAGGUUCACAGCCAGGCUGUUGUGCCUUUCUCUCUCUUUGAAGCACAUAUAAAAGGGAAAAAAGAAAAGGAAGGAACUUAAAUAAUAAAGUUGAACUCCAUUUCCUGAAAAUUCCUUUUAUCCUACUUCUGGUCUGAGGAUCGUUGCCCUCACUGCUUGUAUCAAGGGGGGAGCGACUGACGUAGGGGAGCUGGAGCAGUAAAGUACCUCGUGGGCACUAGAAAUUUGGCUGUGCUGAGGGGAGAGCGAUGCUCUGCAAGGAGAAAGAGUUGUCCUUCUCCUCCCCCCCAACCCUCUGUGAGUAACCCAUUCUGGUUUUAAUAUGCAUUUGUAAUUACCUUUAUUAAAUAGCACACCGUAAAGCUUUGGUUAUAUAUUAAAUGUAAACUGAAAGGAAUGUAAACAUAUUGUAUUGUUAAAUAUAAAUAGCUAAGCAAUGGCAUCAUAGAUACCAAGAAGCACCCUAAAGUCUUACCCAGCUGUAUCAGUGGUCUUACAUUAUCCACCACCUGUCGCAUGGUAGCGUAGCUCUUUGUCUGACUAUGUGAAUAACUUGACUUGCCUUUAUCUUUUUACAUAUUUAAUAAAAAAAUAUAUGUUAAAAUCUC